AUGUGGUUAAUCAAGGCCUGUUCCGUCCUCGCCGCUCUCUCCACUGUAGCUGCUGACAGCCCCGGUCCCACCAUCGACUUCUCCUCCAACACUGGAGAGCCUCAGCAUCUCGCUGCUGGUAUCCUGUACGGUAUACCCGACGAUGGGAACCAGAUCCCAGAUGAUCUUCUCUCUGGCUUUGGCUUCAACUACUAUCGCGGUGCAGGUGCCCAAGUCUCUCAUGGAUGGAGUUAUGACGAGGCUGGCUUCCAGCAGCGUUUUGAAAGCGCGCAUAACAACUACAUCGUCACGCGUCGUCACAACGGCGGCUUUGUCUUGUUGCUGAAUGACCUCUGGGGCUUUGAUUGUUCUUCUAACAACGAUACCUCACCUGGUCCAGGCGAUAAUGGCGAUUGGUCGUCCUAUGACAAGUUCGUUCAGGCGAUUAUUGCCAAUGUCAAGAAGUACAACAUGCAGGAAGGCUUGGUCAUUGAUAUCUGGAACGAGCCAGAGGGGGGCUGUUUCUGGGGCCGUAGCAUUGACCAAUGGCUUCAGAUGUGGGGUCGCGGCUGGCAUCAAUUCAAUGAUGCCUUCGGGGACAGCGUGUUGACAUCCGGACCAACUCUUGCAGGCGAGCCGGGAACAAACGAUGACUGGUGGACCCAAUGGGCCCAAUUCGUCAAGAACAACGACUCCAUCCCCGACCAAUACGCAUGGCACGAGGAAGGAGGCUCAGGUUCCAACUUCGAGAACAGCUACGGCGUCCUGCAACAAAUUCUCACUAAAUACGGUCUUCCCCAACGCCAAAUCAACAUCAACGAAUACGCUACGUUCAAUGAACAAGUCCCCGCCGGUUCUGCCUUCUGGAUCUCCCAGUUCGAGCGCCGUAAUGCUAUCGGUCUUCGCGGCAAUUGGCUAGGAGGCACUCAACUUCACGAUCUGGCCGCUAGUCUUCUGUCCAAGCCUGACCCCUCGGACUACGCUUCCACGGGAUACUUUGCCAAUGGAGACUGGUGGGUGUAUAACUACUACUCUCACAACAUGACGGGACAGCGCGUUUCGACUUCGGUGUCUUCCGAUGGAAGGCUGGAUGCUUAUGCAACGGUGGAUACUACGGCGCGCACGGCUAGAGUAUUGCUUGGCUGCCAUCCGCCUACGACUGGUACUUAUGAUGUGACAUUCUCUGGUCUGACAAAGUUGGGUCUGCCAUCUUCUGGAACACUUCAGGUUAGGACUUGGAAGUUUGCUGUGGGCAGUGAUGUGCAUUACAGCCAGGUGGGUUCUCCUCAGGAUCUGGGUAACUAUGGUCACACUAUUAGCAACGGUCAGGUUACCUUGCCGUUCUAUCAGACUGAUGAUGUGACUACAUACGCAUGGGAGUUCAAAUUCUAG